AAAAGCCAAUAAUAUAUAUUCUAAAAUAAAAUAUAAAAUUUUAAUUUGAGAGAAAAAAGUUGUAAUCAUGAACGCCGCAGAACUGAGUGCACAAUAUAAUAACUUUCCGGAUAUUCAACGCUCGGAAGUAAAAAAAUUUGUCGAAUGGAUACGCGCCCAACCGCACAUGCAAAAUUUAUCCGAAGCGGAAGCUUUGCAUUUCUUCCACGCCUGUCAUUACAGCAUGGAGAAUGCCAAGCAAGUGAUUGAUACCAAUCUAACCGUACGAACCCAUUGCGAAGAGUUCUUUUCAAAUCUGGAUAUUGAACGUCCAGAACUGAAACGUGCUAUGAAUACUGUUGAUGUAUUCCCAUUACCUAAAUCAACACCAGAAGGAUAUAAAAUUUUUGUGGGUAAAUUAAAUGAUCCUAAUGCAUCGAAUUUUAAUUACGCUGACUGCAUGAAACUGUAUUGUAUGGUAUAUGAUUUAUGGAUGUAUGAAGAUGGCAUAAAACCAGGACAUAUAAUUGUACUUGAUUUGAAAAAUUGCUCUUUGGGUCACCUUGCUCGUAUUGGGAUACUGCAAAUGAAGAAGUUUCUAUUUUAUUUGCAAGAAGCAGCUGCUAUACGAUUAAUAGGAUUUCAUUUUAUUAAUAUUGUGCCCUUCAUGGAUAAAUUACUCGCACUAAUGAAUCCAUUUAUGAAAAAAGAGUUAAAGAAUGUAUUAUAUUUACAUAACAAUAUGGAGGAUUUCUUCAAUUAUGUACCACAAAAUAUAUUGCCCGAGGACUACGGUGGAAAUGAAGCUGCAUGUGAUGUACUUAGAGAUAAUUACUAUCAAAAACUACGAGAUUACCGUUUGGAUAUGAUGGAGUUCGAAAAGCGUCAUCAGAUCAAUGAAAAACUACGACCAGGCAAACCAAAAACUUCAUCUGAUUUAUUUGGCAUAGAAGGAAACUUUAAAAAAUUAGAAAUCGAUUGAUAUAUUUAUUUGUUUAUAUGAUUCUUAUUAUUGGUAUGGGUUCAGAAAUAAAUAUUGUUUAAUAA